ACCCUUGUCUUUCUCCACUAACUCUCAACAUCGGCCUACCACUGUAUCACCAAAAACCCACAUUCUUGCUCUACGAAAUCAAGGAAGAUGCCGUCCGAAGACUCUAGGCCGGUGAAGAAAGAGGAGGUCGAGGACAAAAAGGAUGGCUCUGUUCUUCAAAAUGCCAAGAAGAAAGCCAGCAAUGUCGGCGCCAAAUCUCGGUCCCCGAAGCUAGCCAAACCGAAGAAAGAAGAAUCUGACGAGGAAGAGGAGUUUCAGAAACCCGCCUCCAAGAGGGCCUCCAACAACACCGAUAAGAAAAAGAGUGGUAAGGUAAAGGAGGAAGAAAAGAAAAAGGGGGCCAAAGAAGCUGAGCAGAAUGGUAGGAAAAGGGAGAGGAAGGUUUAUGAUUUGCCUGGUCAGAAGAGAGACCCUCCUGAGGAAAGAGACCCGCUGAGGAUUUUCUACGAAAGUUUGUACGAGCAAGUGCCUGGAAGUGAAAUGGCAGCUUUCUGGAUGAUGGAAUCAGGUUUGCUUUCAAAGGAGGUGGCAAGUAAGGUUUUCCAGAUGAAGCAGAAAAAGAACCAGCAGCAGAAGCUUAGUUCACCGAUGAAAACUGUUGCCAAUAAUGUAAAGACAAGCUCUCACUCUGUCACUGUGAAGAGAAAGGCCCAAUCCUCCCCAGCUUCUUCGCAGAAGAAGAAGACACCUCCCAGCUCCACAGUUGCAUCGAAGCAAUCCAAGAAGCGCAAAGUUGAGGAAAGCGAUUCUGCAACCAACUCAGACGAUGACUUUGUUUUGGCUAAGCGAGUAACCAAGAAACAAAAAGCUGCCUAGUUUAGAAAGAUUCCUCUUUUCAUUCUCUUGGUUAUGUUAUUGUUGUCACCAUUAGAGAUCAAAGCUGAACUUCUUUCAACUCUGAUUUAAACUGUUGUUAUUAGUUUGUAUAUUGUGUUUUAGCAGUGCCUAUGAAUCCCAGUUUCACUCGUCAUUGUGGUUUUUCCUGGAAAAGUUGCUUGAACUUGUUUGAUCA